CCUACCAGAAAGAUACGAAACCAAUAUUGGUUCGAGAGGCACACAGUUAUCUGGUGGUCAAAAACAACGCAUUGCUAUUGCUCGAGCACUUAUUCGAAAUCCAAAAGUUUUACUACUUGAUGAAGCGACGAGUGCACUCGAUACAGAAAAUGAACGAAUAGUCCAAGAAGCACUUGAUCACGCAUCGAAAGGUCGAACAACCGUUGUAAUCGCUCAUCGGUUAUCAACGAUACAAAAUUCUGACCGUAUCUGUGUUGUUCAUCGUGGUCGUAUUGUUGAAUCUGGUAAACAUGAUGAGUUGUUGGCUCGCAAAGGAUAUUAUUAUCGACUGGCACAAUCGAAAAACUAA